AAAAUUUUAAAAGAAAAUUUAAUGAAGAGGAAAACAGACAUCGCCUAUUUAACAGAUUUGUUUACAAAAUUUAAUAUGGUUAAUUUGCAAUUACAAGGCGACAGUUUAAAUUUGAUUAAAACAAAGUCCAUCUUAUCAGCGUUUCUUGCCAGAGUUAAACUAAUGAAGCAAAAUAUUGGACGGGGCGAAUUUUCUCAGUUCCCCAAUUCGUCACAGACAAGCUGUCAGGAAGACGACGUUUCAACUUAAGUUCAACAUUUUGAAUCUAGGUUUGAGGAUAUUUUGACUAUGGUAAUACCACCGUGGAUAAUUAAUCCAUAUGGUGACAUAGAAGAAACGAAUGUCAUAAUACAAGAAGAACUGGCUGAACUAAGUACAAACGAAGAACUUAAGGUUCAGUUUGAAAACGGAUAUCAGCAAUUCUGGCUACAAAACAACAUACCCGUUACUUAUCCCGUAUUAUGGAAUAUAGCGAGGAAAUUUUUAAUUUCCUUUCCAUCGUCAUACCUAGUGGAAAGGGGGUUCAGCGCUGUUACCAAUCUCCUAACGAAAAAAAGAAACAGACUGGACAUCAUUAGCCGAGGAGAUUUAAGAUUAACCCUUACAAAAUUGACGCCAAAUGUUGAUAAUUUAUUAUUAAAGCAUCAGGUUCAUCCUUCUCACUAAAAAUAUUGACUUAUUGCUUAUGUUAUUUUAUUUAUAGUUUAUUUUAUGUUUAUUGGUGUCUGACCAAUAAAUG